AUGGGUCGUGAGGGGCUAUGGGAGGGCGUGGUGUGUUGGCGUGGUGGCUGCAGCGGAGGCGGCGGCGGCGGCGGCGGCGGCGGCGGCGGCGGCGGUGGUGUCGGGGCUUCAUAUGCCGCGGUAUGCGGGGAGCCUGGUUGCAGCGUGCCGACCCACGUUUGCUGCACAGCCCACUCCAGUAGGCUGCGGAGAUCUCUGCGAGCCUACUUAUCUUCUGAAGCUUCACAUGUGGGCCUGUCGGAAAUCGUGGGUAAAAAGCUUUCUCAUCGGCUUCCAGUAUCGGUGCUAGCACUUGCUGUACACAAGACACGAAAGAAAUUUAUGGUGAGUGUCUCAGACAAAUUUUUACUGCGAUUCGGCGGCUUCCAAAUGGCAUCAGAAGUACGUAUCUCCAAUUUAAUGACAAACAUAACCCACGCUGCAAUUCAUGUAAUGUUGUUCAUACAUACGGAGACUUAAAAUCACACAAAUUGUGAAAUCACUAACAAUAAUUAUGCAUUGGUGCCAGCAUAUAUUAUGUAGCAUAAUUUGGAUUGCACACAAAUCAUAAUGUCUAUUUACAUAAAAUUUUAUGAAAAAUUGAUUAAGAAGCCUCUCCUUACUAAAAAAAAGUGUAAAUUUGUGCCUGCAGUCGCAGUUUAUUUAUUUUGGCUUCUGGCUACCGAUUCCAGUACACAGUA